AUGGAGGGGGAAGGACAGAGUCCAGUAUUAGCCCAGGGCUUUACUGCAUAUGAUAUUCUCUCCAAAAAUGGCUAUUUAACUGAUGACCAUGUUAGAAAAACAGAUGCUGUGGUUGCAUUGAGUGGGAUUGAAAAGAUAAGUUCCCUAACACCAGCUAUGUACUCCCUGACUUUCUUAAGUGCUCGGCAACUGGUCCAGGAUGAAGAGGCCACAUGUAAAAUCUUGGAAUUUGUACCUCGAAUUGUGUAUAAAAUCCUGUUCAAUGCGGCUUUCAAAGAAAAUAAGACAAAUCUGCUGUAUGAGCUGGUGAAGACAUGGCCUUACUCACAACUUGAAUUCCAGAAGCUGAUACAGACAUGUGGGUGCUAUUCCUGGACUUCUAGGAAGUGUCCAGAAUGUCAGCAGCCUCUCACACAUCAGUCAAAUAAAAAUAAAAUUGAAGCCAUCGUCUUGGGAGUGGUGAGCUAUCUAAGGAAAGUGAUCAUGGAUGGUUCACAGCAGCCCCUACACAGAUUUUGGGGGGAAAAAGCUAACAGUGAUCAAGUAGAAGUGAAGAGGGCAUGUAUGUCCAGUAUGGGGUCGAUUUCUGAAAAGGCUCGGUUUAUAAGGGAGGAACCAGCUGCUAAUAGGAGGCUACAGAAGCUGGAUAUGACAGGAUCAUCAGAUGGAUCUCUUUUUUGGAACCAGAAUCUCAUAAAGCUGUGGGGUAGAGUAGUCCAGCAAUUCCGAGUCUACAACUUCUCACAGCAGGAAACAUGGGACCCACAAAGCCAGGCAAGGGAGCAGGUGGGAGAAACAUCCCCAGUCACAACUUUCCCAGAGGAAGCUCGUGUAGAUUUCCUGGUGGACCUCGAAGUGAGCUCUACUCCUGAAGAGUUUGUAAAGAACACUCUCCAGGGAAAUGCCAACAACCCUCUUCGUCUGCUCUGCCGAGAUUUCUACAGUGAUUACUCCUUUCUUAAUGAAUCCACAGAAUUCCUGGUUCUUUUGGAUCCUCUGGCACUCCGCAGAAUAGACCUGAGUAAUGACAAGAUAACCAUGACAGAUAUCAGGUUGCUUAUGUCACAUAUCGUUACCUUUCAAAACUUAAAGAGUUUGAAACUGUCCUCUUUUAAAGAAGAUGAAGAAUGGUGGAAGGCUCCUAGGCUAAAGGACAACUUUGACUUUUUUGUUGCAAUGCUGAACAAAUUGAGACAUCUCGGGGAGAUUGCCUUACAUGGUCUUUGUCUUUCAGAUCAUUUGGAGUAUCUGCUUGGAAGUCUACAGUGCCCCCUGGAGAGUCUUCGACUGCUUACCUGUUCUCUGAAAGAGAAGGACCUAAGCUACCUUGCCCGCAGUUCCUAUAGUGCCCAUCUUGUAAAGCUGGAUCUUGCAGAAAACAACAUAGCAGAACACCUAGAUGCCUUCCUAGAACUUUUAAAGUCAGUGUCAAAUUCUCUGAUGUGGCUGAAUGUGGCAAUGUGUGGGAUCAAGGACACUGACUUUUAUGAAACCAUGCCCUAUCUAUAUUACUGUACCAGGCUCUCCCAUCUUGGUCUGCAUGGCAACCCACUAUCUAGCACAAGCACGUUCAUUUUCCUGGAAGAGUGCCAGCACAAACUCCCCAACCUGAAGGUAAUAUCAGUUCCAAUCUUCCUGGAUUGUUGCAAGAAUGUGUCCCAACAUGGUCCCUUUCCUAUGGUAAUGUUGUAUCAUAUUGACUAUAUGAAGUGUUCCUCAGUUGUGGAGAAAAUGAAGCAAUUGAAAGUUACAAAAAGUAUUACAUAUAUUUUUAAUCGAAACAUUGACGCAGGUGACUAUUUUGACCUAGUGGGUUGA